CUUGGAAGAGUCUUUACAGGAUGGGUGCAGCGAUCUUUCCAGAGCACCCAGGCAGCUACCGCCUCCCAGAACACUUUUGCUGCUGAUGACAAGGCUACUAGCCCUGUGGCUAAGGACUGUCUUGUUUGUUCAUACAAUGAAUGGGACCCACUGGAAGAGGUCAUCGUGGGAAGAGCUGAAAAUGCUUGUGUCCCACCUUUUUCAGUGGAGGUUAAGGCCAAUACACAUGAAAAGUAUUGGGGAUUUUAUCAGAAAUUUGGAGGCCAGAGCUUCCCCAAAGACCAUUUAAAAAAAGCUAUUGCUGAAAUUGAAGAGAUGUGCAAUAUUUUGGAAAGAGAAGGUGUCAUUGUCAAGAGGCCUGAUCCAAUUGACUGGUCUGCGAAGUAUAAAACACCUGAUUUUGAGUCUACAGGUAUGUAUGCUGCCAUGCCAAGAGACAUUCUGUUGGUGGUGGGAAAUGAAAUCAUUGAAGCACCUAUGGCUUGGCGUGCUCGGUUCUUUGAGUACAGAGCAUAUAGACGAAUAAUCAAAGAUUAUUUCAACCAGGGUGCUAAGUGGACAACUGCCCCCAAACCCACAAUGGCAGAUGAGCUCUAUGAUCAGGAUUAUCCAAUCCACUCUGUUGAAGACAGGCAUAAACUUGCUGCUCAGGGAAAAUUUGUAACUACUGAAUUUGAGCCAUGCUUUGAUGCUGCUGAUUUCAUUAGAGCUGGAAGAGAUAUCUUUGCACAAAGGAGCCAGGUUACAAAUUACAUGGGCAUUGAAUGGAUGAGGCGACAUCUUGCACCAGACUAUAGAGUGCAUAUAAUCUCCUUUAAGGAUCCUAACCCUAUGCACAUUGAUGCCACUUUUAAUAUCAUUGGACCUGGUCUUGUGCUUUCUAACCCAGACCGUCCCUGCCGUCAGAUUGAGCUCUUCAAGAAAGCAGGCUGGACUGUGAUUCAACCCCCAGUGCCACUCAUCCCAGAUGAUCACCCACUGUGGAUGUCUUCUAAAUGGCUCUCCAUGAAUGUCCUAAUGCUGGAUGAGAAACGUGUGAUGGUGGAUGCCAAUGAGACAUCAAUUCAGAAGAUGUUUGAAAAUUUGGGCAUUUCUACAAUUAAAGUGAGUAUCCGCCAUGCCAAUUCACUGGGAGGUGGUUUCCAUUGCUGGACGUGUGAUAUCCGCCGCCGUGGUACCCUGCAGUCUUAUUUUGACUAGUUAGGAGCCACAUAGCUGGCAAUGGUUCAGCUUCUAAAAUAAGCAUAGGGAAUGAAUAAGUUAAUUUCACUUUUGUUAAAAUGACUGCAUGAGCUUUAGUACUUGAUCCAGUGGUCUGGUAAAUCAUAUAUUCUUACUUACUCUUUACUUUCAGCAGUAUAAUUGAAGCUACUUCCAUCAG